UGACUGUUAUUACCAUCACACCUCGUCACACUGCUUUAUAGACACGCCUGUUUUACACACGUCACUCAAACACAGAACCAGGAAACAGGGAGCUCAGAGAAACUGAAACUGAAGUGUAGUUGAGCUGUUGUGUGUUUGUGUCUCUGUAUUCAUGCUGUAAAAUGGCAGAAGCCAGAUUUUCUCAGGAUGAGUUCAAGUGUUCAGUGUGUCUGGAUCUCCUGAAGGAACCAGUGGCCAUUCCCUGUGGACACAGUUACUGUAAGAUCUGUAUUACAGGCUGCUGGGAUCAGGAGGAUGAGAAGAGAGUCUACAGCUGCCCUCAGUGCAGACAGACCUUCAGUCCAAGACCUGCUUUAGCUAAAAACACCAUUCUGGCUGAAAUGGUGGAGAAACUGAAGAAGAUUAAACUUCCUGCUGACUGUUACGCUGGAGCUGGAGAUGUGCAGUGUGACGUCUGUACUGGAAGAAAACACAAAGCCGUCAAGUCCUGUCUGGUGUGUCUGAACUCUUACUGUCAGAAUCACCUUGAACAACAUGAGAGUUGGUUUAAAGGAAAGAGACACAAUCUGACUGAAGCCACUGGACGACUGCAGGAGAUGAUCUGCCCGAAACAUGACAAGAUCCUUGAGGUUUUCUGCCACACUGAUCAGAAGUGUAUAUGUGUGCUGUGUAUGAUGGAUGAACAUAAAAACCACGACACUGUAUCAGUUGCUGCACAGAGGACAGAGAAACAGCAUCAGCUGAAGGAGACGCAGAGGUUGUUCCAGCAGAGGAUCCAGCAGAGAGAGAAAGAUCUUCAGCAGCUGAGAGAGGCUGUGGAGUCUCAGAAGCGCUCUGCACAGACAGCAGUGGAGGACAGUGAGAGGAUCUUCACUGAGCUCAUCCGCUCCAUUGAGAGAAGCCGCUGUGAGGCCACACAGCGGAUCAGAGAUCAGGAAAAGACUGCAGUGAGUCGAGCUGAAGGACGACUGGAGCAACUGGAGCAGGAGAUCAAUGAUCUGAGGAGGAGAGAUGCUGAGCUGGAGCAGCUUUCACUCACACAGGAUCACAUCCAUUUCCUGCAGAGUUUCCAGUCUCUCUCAGCUCCUCCUGAAUCUGCAGACGUAAAUGACGAUCCCUUCAGUUCUCUCUCCUCUUUUGAUGUUGUGAGAGAAUCUGUCCGUCAGCUGAGAGACAAACUGGAGGAUUUCGGCAAAGAGGAGCUGAAGAAGAUCUCUGACAGAGUCACUUUUAUCAACAUUGUUCCCAGAACCAGGAACGACUUCCUACAAUAUUCCCAUCAGCUCAAUCUGGAUCUGAACACAGUGAAUAAAUACCUCCGUCUGUCUGAGAGGAACAGAGUGAUUACUUACACUGAGAGAGAUCAGUCGUAUCCUGAUCAUCCAGACAGAUUUGAUGGAUAUCUUCAGGUGUUGUGUAGAGAGAGAGUGUGUGGACGCUGUUACUGGGAGAUUGAGAAGAGUAGAUGUGUGUAUAUAUCAGUGUCAUAUAAGAGCAUCAGCAGGAAGGGAUCGGGUAAUGAGUGUGUGUUUGGAUCUAAUGAUCAGUCCUGGAGUUUGAUCUGCUCUUCCUCCAGUUACUCAUUCAAACACAAUAACAUAGAGACUAAACUCCCUGUAAAGUCCAUCAUCAGUAGAAUAGGAGUGUAUGUGGAUCACAGUGCAGGAACUCUGUCCUUCUACAGCGUCUCUGGAGACACAAUGAGCCUCAUCCACACAGUCCAGACCACAUUCACUCAACCGCUUUAUCCUGGGUUUACUGUUUGUUGCAAUUCCUCAGUGAAACUGUGUUGAUGAAUCAGACUAGACUUUAGUGUUAGAUCAAAAUCUCAAUAAUAGGUAGAAUAUUUGUAGUCUCAGUCAUCAGUUUAGAAACAGGCGUCUCAACCCCUGUGAUGUGUGGCAGCAGCAGCGCGAGAUCUCGGGAGAAUGACCAAGCAGACACAGAUCAAGUGUGGUACAAAGCAUUCUCAGAUUUAUUCAGGAAGAAGGGUCAUAUUUAUAGACAUAGGUCAAACAACAAUCUCCAGGAUGGCUUGAGCAUCCAAUCAUACGACUUAAGAAUCAAACCUUACUAUGUAUGACAUUUCAAGAAAUAUAAUAACAAAUAAGAAAUGCAUGUGCGUAAAUGUGUGUGUGUCUUCAACUUCUGGUUGAAUGUGUGAGAGUGUCAGUGUGUCCAAGGACUACUACUUCUUGUUUUGUCUUGGUAGGUACAUGAUGUGCACAAUGGAAAAAUCCCAAGACACAUAGAAAGUCAAAAAGUGAAGCCCAAUAAAUAAGAAAUUAUUUAACAAUGGCCACUUUAAAUAAUUUAUGAUUUAGUGCUUCACUUUAAAGGAAAUUGAUAAAUCUGUUUUUUUCAAAUAAUAGCAAAAUCUAAACAGAUAAUCAUUAUAAACAUCAUAAUCACAUAUUCCAAGACUUGUCUUAAUCAUUCCUUCUAAGGAUUGUAAUAUGCAUGGAGUCAAACAUAAAAGCAGUACGUCGCCGUUAGAGAUCCAUUGCAUGGUCUUACAUUGUUCAUGUUGAUUGUCUUGGCAGCAUUGUAAGUUAGAGGGACAAUGGACCAGACGCUGUGUAUGGCAUGACAAAUCAAACAGUCCUUGGUGUCCAUGUUCUGAGCCAUGGUAGUAGGCAGAGCAAUUAACAUGGUCAAAGUUAUUGUUACAAGUCUCAUUCUGCAGUCAAAGUUUUAUCCAACACUGCCUGUCACUGAACUGCUCUCUCCUUCCAUGGUCCUUGACGUUGUUAUGUUGGUCCAGAUUAACUAAUCAGAUCGCAUAUGGAUGUAACGCUGCGUUCAUCUCCUUUCCGCCCAUAUGUUUACUCUCCUAGUUAAUCUGAAUGUCCCCCUUGGCACAGGGCAGCCUUCAAUCUAUUCAGUACUCCCGUCCUCGUCACUUCAAUCACCGUGGCCCCAGAUAUUUUGGCUCUCUGAUCUUGACAGGCCUUAGACUCCUUAUCAGCACCUGCUGGUUAGGCACAAACUGGUGUGUUGGUUUCUCUGAGGGGAGAGGAAGAAUUAGUGAGACAUCACCAUUAAUGGUGUCGGGAAAGGCCUACCCAUCAGAAUUUCAAAAGGAGACAUUUUAGUAGUGGAGGAUGGUGUCAUUUGUAUUUCAGCUAAAACAGCUGGCAAUACAGUCAUCCAAUUUUUUCCCAUCUCUAAACACUCUUUAGUUAAUCGAUCUUUGAUUGCUCUGUUAAAUCUUUCAACAACUGUGGAUGAUCUUGGAUUGUACGGUAUGUUAAAAUGCCAAUCAAUAGCUAAAGUUUUAGCCAAUAAUUGUGUUACCUUUGAUGCAAAAGGUGUUCCAUAAUCAUUUUAAAUUACACUUGGUAUCCCCAAUCUGGGUAUAAUUUCUUUGCACAAAAUUUUAACCACCAUUUUUGCAUUCUCCCUCGCACAUGGGAAAGCUUCUGGCCACUUUGUGAAUCUGUCUGAAUUAUUUACAGGUCGAUGGAUGUUAAUUUUUGCACAGAUAAAGCAUGAAUCUAACACCAAUUUGGUUGUCUUGUGUACAUUUGCAAUGCAAUACAAAGCAUUAAUUGCCUGAGCUGUCUUUGCAGCACUGUCUUUGAGGCCCAGUAUUGUAAGUCAGCCAAUUGAUUACUUACUUCCUCUGAAUCUCCUACUGCAUGUCCCCUCACCUUGACUAUGGCCACUUUGCUCGUCAGCUGCACUGCAUUAAAAAUCAGAAUGCAUACUUAGAAUCAGUAUAAAUUGUGACAAUUUUAUCUUUUGAAAGUUCACAAACUCUCAUUAGUGCCACUAGUUCCGCUGCCUGUGCUGAUGUGUAUGGUAAUAGUAGUCUAACAACUGCAUAGCCACAUAAACGUCUGAACAUCUGAUGGUUUAGAACAUGAACCGUCAACAUAUAGACUAUCCCCUCUUGCACUUUUCAGACGGUCCCUUCAGGCGUGUAUCUCCGCCGCCUGCUCAUAGAGACCAAUUUAUUAUAAAACACAUUUGAGGAAAAUUGGGUUGUUGUAGCUUGUUGUCUAGGUUACUAUGAUUGGAAGUAGCUGCAUUUGUGUUUUAACAACGUUUAUUCAUGAGUUAUUAAUCCGGGAAGCUCAAAUCUGUGAAUAUAUUGCCAACUGAACUGCUUGACAUAAGCACUGACUGCAUUUCUUUAUAUUUGAGUCCAAUAAGUUCAAACUCUAAGAGCUGCGCAUUAUUUGUGUGCAUUAUUAACGUAUGUUACUAACUGAAACACUACUGCCAGCCAACUUUGCGAGGGAACGCAAACAUCUUUGCGAGGGAACGCAAUCUUUGCGAGGGAACACAAAAG